UCACUACAAUACCCAGCAUGCAUUCCUCCUGAUUGCUGGCAUAGACCACUGAUGUCCAGGCUAAUAAAGCACGUGUAGUUUUUUUUUUUAAUUCCUCCCAUCUUCAAGAUACAUCAUCAGGACGAGGUUUCGAACCGGAAACUCUUACAGCACCGUGUUCGAAAGUGAGCAGGCCUGUUUACAUGAAAGGUAGAGAUGGUUAUAUUUGUGAUUCUGUGCGGAGCGUCUCUUUAAUAAAGAGUGCAGCUCUCACGGACCUGCAGACGCGUUUAGAAACAUGUCGAGGAUGAAUUCUAUAAAAAUAUGACGAAAGCUUUUAUUGUGACAGCUGGAGAUUUACUUACAAAGUCAAAAAUGGAAACUCAUUUGGACGAGAUUAGUGUGAUACAGACACAGAAGAGUGAGCACUGUGGGGAAAACAACAAUCCGAGAGAGAGAGAGAGAGGGAGGGAGGAAAAGGGGAGAGAGAGAGAUGGAAGAAGAGGGGAGGAGAGAAGGAAGAGGGGUGAGAGAGAGAGAGAGGGAGGAAGAGGGAAGAGAGAACAGUUUGGAUGAGGGGAGUAAAUGUGGACUCAGGAGGAAAAGCAGCGUCGUUAGGAUGUAUCAGUCAUUCAGAGAAAACGGGUCGAUGCUGUGAAUCUGCUCAGGAGGGAGAAGUGAAGACGCUGCGGACAGAGCGCGCGCUGCCGUGACAUUUCAGUGGAGAGCAAGUGUUGGCUGAGCAGAAUCUGACCUUUGCUGUGUGUGGACAGCAUGUUGGUGGUUUCCACAUUGCUCUUGCUGGCUGUAUCUCCUGGACGGGGAUCCAGACCUUGUGCUUAUCUCUGUCAGUGUUUUGAGCACUCGGACCUGGUGGACUGCCGCUCGCGGGGUUUGGUCAGCGUGCCCCACGGCCUCCCUCAUGGGACAUGGCUUUUGGACCUGGGAGGAAACACGCUAGCAGAGAUCAGGGCCCGCGCCUUUGCUGGACUCUGGUCACUGCGCGUUCUCGUGCUGGCAGACAACAGCAUCCAGGAACUGAAGACACAGGCCUUCAACUCACUGUCCUAUCUGGAAAAGCUCGACAUGAGCCGUAACAACCUCAGCCGUCUCCCUGCAGACUUUUCUGACAGUCUCUCCUCCCUGAAGGAGCUGCGACUGGAACACAAUGCAUUGGAGAUGCUGGAGCCGCUGUGCCUGGAGCGUCUGGAGAGCCUGGAAAAGCUGGACCUUAGCCACAACCGCAUCAGCGUCCUGCGGCCCGGGGCCUUCCGCGGCCUGUCCCGCCUGCGGCACCUCUACCUGCAGGGAAACCGACUGACUGCUGUGUUGGAUGGCGCCUUCUCUUCACUGCCCAGCCUGGAGAUGCUGCUGCUGGGCGGCAACAACAUAACACACAUUGAGGCGAAUGCGCUGGCGGCUCUCCGCAGUCUGGCCCUGCUGGGUCUGGAGAGGAACCAGCUGGAGCAGUUGAAGUUCCGGACUUUCCUGAACCUGCACACUGCCGGAACACACCUGCAGCUGGCUGGCAACCCGUGGCACUGCGACUGCGAGCUGCACCGGGUCUUCAGCAAGCUGCUGAGCGUCCGCCAUCUGCAUGUGGACGACUACCAUAAUGUGACCUGCCGGCAGCCUUGGCAGCUGGCUGGGGCCUCGCUGGCUUGGGUGGACAGCCAGCUGUGUGUGGCCGAGACGGUCACUGUGUUGGUCAUCACUGGAACGGUGCUAGUCACCGUGUUCGGAGCGCUUAUAGUGGCCGAACGCAACCGCAAGAAGAAGAAGCACAGCAAACACUGGGAACAGGGGGAGACAGGCACAUAGAAAAAGAUUCCAAAUCUACUGCACAGCUCUUUACAGUUUUUACAAACUUUUGCAGUUUUCCAGUUAAAUUUUCCUUCUAAAUGUAGUCAAAUAGCCAAGAUAUGCUCCACUGGUCCACUGAUGUACUUGGUCUGACU